CCAGGAGCUCCCCACGCGCGGGCCCAGAUUGAGAGAGAAGAUGGGUUUUGGUACAGGAGGUUAAAUAACAGGUUCUUCCAUUUCACCUUGUAGGGAUGGGAUGGGGGGCGGGGGUGCCGGGCCUCCAGCCAAUAGAGGACCCAGAGUUGUGGGGAGGCUCGGAAGGCUUGCUAUUCCUGGAUUCCUUCUCUUUCUCUGCUGAUUAUGCAGCAGAAUCGUACCGAGGCUGUGGUGGGCUCGCUCCCGCUGCCUGGGCGUCUGUGGAGCGAGGCUCCGGCUCCUUCUCCCRGCGAGUCGCUGGUGCAUUGCAGGUGUUUCUGCGGAAGUUUGAUGGUGACAGUGCCUACGUGGGGAUGAGUGACGGAAACCCAGAGCUCCUGUCAACCAGCCAGACCUAUAACAGCCAGAGUGAGAGCAACGAAGACUAUGAGAUCCCUCCGAUAACACCUCCCAACCUCCCUGAGCCAUCUCUCCUGCACCUGGGGGACCACGAAGCCAGCUACCACUCGCUGUGCCACGGGCUUACACCCAACGGUCUUCUCCCUGCCUACUCCUACCAGGCCAUGGACCUCCCGGCUAUCAUGGUGUCCAACAUGCUGGCCCAGGACGGCCAUCUGCUCUCAGGCCAGCUGCCCACGAUCCAGGAGAUGGUGCACUCGGAGGUCGCUGCCUAUGACUCCAGCCGGCCAGGACCUCUGCUGGGUCGCCCCGCGAUGCUGGCCAGCCACAUGAGCGCCCUCAGCCAGUCCCAGCUCAUCUCCCAGAUGGGCAUCCGGAGCAGCAUCACCCACAGCUCCCCGUCACCCCCAGGGAGCAAGUCGGCGACCCCCUCUCCCUCCAGCUCCACGCAGGAGGAGGAGUCUGAAGCACAUUUCAAGAUCUCAGGAGAGAAGAGACCUUCUGCAGACCCAGGAAAAAAGGCCAAGAACCCAAAGAAAAAGAAGAAGAAGGACCCCAAUGAGCCCCAGAAGCCCGUGUCGGCCUAUGCACUCUUCUUCAGAGACACUCAGGCUGCCAUCAAGGGGCAGAACCCCAGUGCCACCUUCGGAGAUGUGUCCAAAAUCGUGGCCUCCAUGUGGGACAGUUUGGGAGAGGAGCAAAAGCAGAGCCCCCCAGACCAAGGCGAGACCAAGAGCACUCAGGCAAACCCCCCCGCCAAGCUGCUGCCCCCCAAGCAGCCCAUGUACUCCAUGCCGGGCCUGGCCUCCUUCCUCACGCCCUCUGACCUGCAGGCCUUCCGGAGUGGGGCCUCUCCCGCCAGCCUCGCCCGGACACUGGGCUCCAAGUCCCUGCUGCCCGGGCUCAGCGCGUCCUCACCGCCACCGCCUUCCUUCCCGCUCAGCCCCCCCCUGCACCAGCAGCUGCCCCUGCCACCCCAUGCACAGGGUGCCCUCCUCAGCCCACCUGUCAGCAUGUCCCCGGCCCCCCAGCCUCCCGUCCUGCCCACACCCAUGGCGCUCCAGGUGCAGCUAGCCAUGAGCCCCUCGCCUCCAGGGCCACAGGACUUCCCGCACAUCUCUGAGUUCCCCAGCGGCUCGGGACCCCGCUCACCUGGGCCAUCCAACUCCACGAGCAGCGGGGACUGGGACAGCAGCUACCCCAGCGGGGAGUGUGGCGUCGGCACCUGCAGCCUGCUCCCCAGAGACAAAUCGCUCUACCUCACCUAAUCCCGCCUCCCUCCCCUCCCCGAGRCUGGCUGGAAGGGCAUGUCAGAGCCAGGAGGGCUGCCCACAGCAGAGAGGCCGUGGCAGGAGGCAGGGUGACCGGCCAGCAUAGCAGUGACACACCCCUGCCCUGRGCUGAGUCUCUUCCCCGACCUCCCGCCAGACUCUGCAGAGGCAGCCCGCUGCCCGGCGCCCGCCGGAAGAACCUGCAGGAACCUUCUGCCCGCUGACCUGCUUGCUCCAGGGUCACCGCGGACCCCGCUCCUCGCCCUGCACACAGUCCCCUCUGUCUGGACGUCUGACCCCAGCCCAAGCUCACUGGGCCGCCCUGCCGGGGUCACUGACCAASAGAAACUCGCCCCAAGAUGCGCGGCCAGGGGCCGGCCCAGCCACAGACGCGCAGGUUUUCCAGUGUGAACUAAAGAUCCCGAGCCCCACGAACUGUGGGCUCCGUGUAAGUAGUCUACUAAGUGUUUUAGAACUGUGCUGAAGACAUCUGUAAGAUUAUUUUGUGGGGAAGAAAAGUAGUUUCCUUUAAGGUACAAAGCGUUUUAUAUGACCCUUAGCGCAUCGUUUUUCAGUUUUCUCUUGAGGGAGACGUGCACACAGCAGCUGUCACAGGGUCUCUCCAUGCGCACCCGAGAACCGGACAAUGUCUAGCCCCACCGGGAAGCAUUCCCCUUGAUUUUUUUGUAAACCAUAUGUCCACCUAUUUCAAAUUGCCAGCAGCAAUUUUAUUUCUUUUUGUCUAGCUAUUUAUGAAGAAAACUUGAGAACAAAGUUGCAGUUUAUCCUAACGUGUGCGUGGUUUGGGGUUUGGUUUUGGUUUUGGUUCUUGGCGUCGUUUGCAGCUGUAUCCUGGCCCGGCAAAUGUCUGUCUUGGUGCCCGGUCCUUCUCUCAAACUCUCUUUAUAAUAAAACUUCUGAAAAGUUG